CUACACCUAUUUGAAACUAGAGGUUACUUAGAUGAUGGAGUGGAGAAUCUAUUAUAUGGAUAUGUUGCUUGUGCCAUUUGGGUUAGUCAUUAUCCUUGCAUAUCAUUUAUGGCUAUGGCAUAAGAGUCGGACACAACCCUUCACCACAAUCUUCGGAAGAGAUGCUCAUGGUCAGCGAUUUUGGGUUCCUGCCAUGAUGAAGGAUGAUGACAAGAAGAACAUCGUAGCAGUUCAAUCUCUUCGAAAUGUAAUAAUGGGGUCAACCCUUAUGGCCACAACAUCCAUUUUACUUUCUGCUGGCCUAGGAGCAAUCCUAAGCAACAUUUACAUUGUUAAAAAACCAAUCAACGACUCAAAUUUUCAUAGGGAAUUUUUGAUGGUGGCUUUGAAAUAUACUACCCUCCUUACCCUAUUAUCAUUCUCAUUUUUAUGUCACACUCUAUCUGUUACGUUUCUCAAUCAAGUGAACAUUCUUAUUUGUACUCCACAAGAUGUUCAGUCCAUGGUGACCCCUGAGUAUUUAACUCAACUUUUGGGGAAGGGUACAAUAUUGAACAUUGUGGGGAAUAGGCUUUUCUAUACAGCACUUUCCCUUCAACUUUGGAUCUUUGGGCCUUUGCUACCUUCAUUAUCUUCACUUGUAAUGGUGCUUAUACUAUACAAACUAGAUUUUGUGGCUGAGAACGGAACCAAAAAGGAAGAGGAUUAUUUGCAGAAUAAUAUUUGUAACUGA